ACAUUAAUGACAAUCAUUUUUCUGUUUUGAUCUGGAAUAAGAAUUUCACAAAAAUAUCAAAUAUUCGAAAAAGUUGCCUUGUCUCAAUUAAUUCGAUGAAGAAACGUCCUAAACAGCAAAAGACCUGAUCUGUCCAUAAUUUUAAGCAGACAUUGUUAUUUUUGGUGUAAAUCUCUCUCAUUCAGUUAAAAAGUUUUUUAGUUAAAAAUAUGGCUGAUAUAGGUGACUGGUACCGUGGGAUUCCAAGAUUCACAAAAGCCUGGUUUACAGGCACAGUAGCCCUAACUUUAUUAGGGCGCUUUGGCCUCCUCAACCCAGUUAACCUCAUAUUGCUUUACGAGCCAUUAAAAAGGUUUCAGAUAUGGAGGCUGGUGACUUCGGUACUGUUUUACCCUCUAAGUCCACAAACUGGGUUUCACUAUUUAAUUAAUUUGUAUUUCUUAUACACUUACUCGAGGAGAUUAGAGGAGGGUACUUAUCAAGGAAAACCAGCAGAUUAUGCAUUUUUGCUAAUGUUCAAUUGGAUUUGCUGUGUGAUUAUUGGGUUGGUGGCAGAAAUGCCUCUUCUAAUGGACCCAAUGGUUCUCUCAGUUCUCUACAUCUGGUGCCAGCUGAACAAAGACGUAAUAGUGACCUUUUGGUUUGGAACCCGCUUCAAAGCAGUGUUCCUCCCUUGGGUUCUUUUGGGAUUCAAUUUAGUCAUAUCAGGAGGAGGAGUAAUGGAACUAAUAGGUAUCCUAAUUGGUCACCUAUAUUUCUUCCUCGCCUUUAAAUAUCCCCAGGAAUUGGGCGGACCGGCUUUACUUUCCACACCGGGGUUUUUAAAGAAUAUAUUUCCGGAUGAAAUUGGGGGUGUGCAUGGGUUCGGGCAGGCACCAGAGAGGCCUCCCGGCGUACCCAGAGGACCUGGUGUGUUCAGGGGGGGUCACAAUUGGGGAUCAGGGCAGGUGUUGGGUGGGAACCAGUAAGUUUAUUAAUUCUUCUUAGUGUUCAUGUUAUAAUAUUGUCGUACUGAUUUUUAUUAAUUUUAAAAUAAUAAAGAGUUAUUUGUGGA